CUAAAAAUAAAAAUAAGAAUAAAUGUCUCAACGCCAUAUACAGUUAGGGUUCCAGCACUACAGAAACCCAAGACUGACUACCACUCGUAACAAAGUUAGAUCCUCUUCACAAAAACUCCUUUCAAGAAAUUAUCCAAUCAACGUGAAAAAGCUUCGUGAAUGCUGUAACAUCGGCAUUUUUUCAAAUGCUAAUCUGAAAUAAGAAAUUCAUUCAGUCAAAAAGGGGCCCUCUAAGUAUAGAAAUACCUCCCAAGAACGUAAGAGGAAGUAUAAGAUCAUCCCGAUGAAAUUGAAAUAAGAGGAUGAAACCUGUAUCUGACUAUAUCAACAAAAUGACUGAUCCUACCUACAUCAGUCCAACCUUGCAUAAAGCUAUGAGAUAUAACCCCAAAAUUGUGUUAAAGAAAGCCAAGAUUUCUAGACCUAAUACUGUGCUAGAGAACCGAGAUCCUCAGAUUGUCCAGAGUGACAUCAAGAACAGUCUGCCAUCCUCUUUAAGACAGCAGAUGAAGAAAGUUGCAAGAGAGCAAAAGUGUUCAGAGUUCGUCCAAUACGAAAAAGUAGCUUUUAGUAAUAAAGGAAUCUGGACUAAAUAAUAAUACCAGAAACAAGAAAGAAUUUGGAGCCGAAUCCCCCAAGCUAGAGAGUUUUGAUAAGGAAGAAGACAAAGGAAUCAAGUCAAACAAGAACUUAAAUUGAUUAAUCAACCAAGAGGAGAUUAGAGAGAUCCCUUCAGACCAAGAGAGUAUUCAGAGAGAACAUACUUUUGAAUCUUUUGAAAGAAAGAGAGCUCAAAAGAGGAGAAUUAAGACGCAGAGGUCUGCCAGAACUGGAUAUAUGGCUAAAAGACCUAAGAUGGCUAGUACACAAUAUAAUAAUCCUUUUGAUUUGAAAGAACACCAAAAGCCAAACUUAGAAACAUUUUUCCCAAAAUCUUCAAAGGCAAGAAAUCUUUCGAAAAAUACAUUUGAAGAUAACUUCACUAGCGCAGCAAGAAAGGGUCUUAAAACUCGUGAAGCUUCUCGUAGAGGAUUUGGAUAUUUUUACAAAUCAAGCUACCAAAAAUACUAUAAGCCACCAGAUUUACAAAGACAGGCUAGUCAGGCCUCCCAACGGAGCUACUCUAAAAGUAUGCCAAAAUUUGGAAAUGAUGCUUCUGUGCCGACCAAUCCCUAUACAGUCUUCUCUUUAAACGAAGACUACAAGUCUUUUCUUGACUGCCCAGAGUUAUCGCUAUGGGACACCUAUGAAUCUCACUGGCAGUCAUUUAAGAGCUGUCCUAGCCAAGAUCUGACAGCAGAUCAGAUCCCAUUGCCACCUAAUAAUAUUACAUUUGUCCUGCAUAUGAGAAGGAUUUUAGAGCAAAAUUCUGAAAUUACUAAGGCAAAGAACACAAAAGAGCAAUGGAAAAAAUGUGUCAAAGAAGCACUUAGAAGAUAUCACCCAGAUAAGUUCAUUCAAAACUUUGGGAAGUAUAUACCUGAUUUGAGUGAAAAAGAAAUACUUCUGGAAAAAAUCAACCAGCUGUGCAAAAUAGUCACAACAUGCUUUCAUUUAUAG